CGGCGAGUUUCUCUUUCAUCGACAAUAAUGUCAUCAACUCUGCCUCCAGGACUCCAAGGCGAAUACGAAGAGCACGUAUCUGGUGGUGACGCGUCGCGCUGGGAAAUUUUUGAUAAAAUACGCCAUUAUACCAACGCUUUCAUUGUCCAAGGCGAAAAGAUUCUCUUGGGGCAUAAAAAGAGAGGAUUUGCUAAGGGCAUGUACAAUGGCUUUGGUGGAAAGGUAGAACAUGGAGAGACUAGUGCUGAUGCCGCCUUACGAGAACUGGAGGAAGAAGCCGGUAUCCAAGCACCUCUUCAGCAUUUUGCCGUUCUUUUCUUCACGCUAGAAGGUUUAGAAUCUGCCUUUUACAUUGAUAUAUAUCGCGCAGCCGAUUUUUCCGGGGACAUUGUCGAAACUGAUGAGAUGAGGCCGCAGUGGUUUAGAUUUCCUGGAUCCACUGCAGAUCUGCCUGAUAUCCCCUUGGAACAUAUGUGGCAGACUGACAAGCACUGGAUGCCACUCUUGCUGUCGAACAGGCAGUUUGUCGGGCGCGCAGAUUACAAGAUUGUUGAUGGCGAAACACGCCCUGUGAAAUGGUGGAUCGGAAAGACCCACGCGUCUUAAUUCUUUAUGUUCGGCGACAUCGAUGAUCAAGCACUUCUUCGUCGUCCUUUCACUGUUUAAGAAGAAGAUCAAGAAAAGCAAUAUAGUUCUUGUAUGACUGAGCU